ACAUCUUUCAGUCAGUUGAUGAUUUAGCAAAGAGUUGAGCACUGAGUGGGGGCGGCAUCAUGUUUACCUUUUCCGGUGGAAGAGUUUGCGACCCGGAGACUUAACGGCUCGAGCGUGUCACCAAGUAGUUGAUAAACUAAUAAACGUUUAAAGCUAAAAUCUAGUUAGUUGUAAAUGUGAGAGUUAUACAAAAUUCAGGAAUGUGUUGGUAUUCUUGUGGAUGUAAAUAGAAACGGCCGCUUUUAGUGAAUUUAAUUUUGUGCUAUGUUUGAAUUCGUUAACAGUGAACUGUAUUAAAGUGACCAAUGAUGACUAUGAUGAUGAUGCAGCGACUCUUGCAAGAGAACACGAACGAUGCGUCCAACGGUUCCUCGGUUCAGAACGUCUCGGGAAGACCCUUCAACUUCGCCAACGGAGGGAACAUUCUCCACCACCAUCCUUCGUCGGCCUUCCUGCGGCCUCCUUCGUCUAGAUCCGAGGACACCAAGGACUCCGGAAAAGAAGGAACGGGAGAGGAGACGGACGUCGUUGAGAGUGAUAAAGUAAGAGACGAUGUGAGUGACUCUAGUAAGAAGGAAAUAGAGGACUCCGAAAGACUGUGCCGGACUCCGGACGACUCCAAGAGUCGGUUAUCGGAAGAAUCGAUGGACGUGGAGGACCGCAAUGACAGGUUGAGUUCUGACGAGGACUUCCUGAACGUGGACGACGACCUCGGGUCUCCGGUCGACCUCACGUCUCGUCAUCGCUUCCUUAACCGUCUGCAUCACCACACGAUGCUCUCGGGGGACAAGGCGUACCGGAGACAACUGGAUAACUCCAGUCCAUCCUCGGUGUCCGAAGCGAACGAUGACCCUCCCCGCCGCCUCGCCUUCUCCGUGGAGAAUAUCCUGGAUCCCACUAAGUUCACGGGGAAGGAAAAGGACAUCGCGCUUAUAAGGCCGAGGUUCCAGAGCCAGUGGAGGCCGCUGGAUGUCCUGGACUCCUCCCCUGACCUUCUCAACCAUUCAGGUAACACCUUUCUUGCCAACUACUCAAUCAUGCUUUGGCCCUCCCCCGCGUCCCACCCACCCCCUCCCAUGGUUGCCAAGCGACUAAGCGACGGUGCCGCCGUGCUACUACUUGCGGCCGAUCCCAAGCACUCUUACAAUGUUCAGCCAAGAUUAAAACGAGAGGGUGAACGCGGCAACGGCGCGGGGCGGGGCGGCGGGGAGGGCGGGAGAGAGGGGCUACACCACUAUUCAGAGGAUGACGACACGAGCUUAGGAGAGGGCGCGGGUAGCGACAUAAGCGAGGACACCAAGAGAAGUUCUGGUGGUAAGAAGUGCGGAAAGGCCGAGAGCUCAAGCAGUUCAUCCAAGGGUGGGGGCAGUCAAGGAGGAAAACCUCGACGGGCGAGGACGGCCUUCACCUACGAGCAGUUGGUAGCCCUGGAGAAUAAGUUCAAAACCACGAGGUACCUCUCGGUCUGCGAGAGACUCAACCUGGCACUGUCGCUGUCACUGACGGAGACUCAAGUCAAGAUCUGGUUCCAGAACCGGAGGACCAAGUGGAAAAAACAAAACCCCGGGAUGGAUGUAAACUCCCCUACCGUACCUCCCCCGGGUCCCCCUACCGGAGGUCCGCCGUUCUUCCACCCUCUAGCGUACGCUCCCCAUCACUACCCCUCCACGUUCGCCACCCCCGGCCAAGGCUACGGCGCCGCCGCCGCAUACUUUCAUCACCUCGGCUCCUCUCACCACUCCACCCUCGGUCACUCCUCCUAGUCCCCGACCUCACCCUCACUCACCCCACAUAUCAUAGGUUAAACGGUGCCAAAGUGUUGUGCCAAAUGUUGUAAAGACUGUUCGGUGUAUAGCGUGAUCGGAUAGGUUAUGUCAGCCUACGAAAAACAGACCUCAACUCCCUGUGAAUUACAGAAAUUGCCUAGUAUGGGAUUCGUACCAUUUGCAUUUAUAUUACAUAAACGAACGGCAUAUAUUUUUUAUGAAAAGAGCAAAAAAUAUCAGAUUUGAUCUAGUCAUUAUGUAUAAAUUUUACCAUUAAAUUAAAUAUACUAUCUUAUCAAAAUAUCCUGGUUCAAAAAAACUAAUCUAUUCCAUAUUUGUUGACACAAUUCUCAUUCACUUGAAAGUUCUCCAUUUAUAUCAAAUUUGCCUUCCAAUACUCCAAAAUCACAACAUAAAUGUAUCACAGACUUAUUAUCUUAUCAUUAAAGGACAGCAUGUAACAUUUUAAAAUCAGUACAGUUUUAUGUUUUUGAUCCAAGAAACCUCCAUUGUAAUCAUUAUGAUCAUACCACUAAGCAUUAAACUUCAAAGUUUAAAUCAUACGGUUCCAAUUUUUUUUAGUAUUGCGUAUAUUAUUACACUUCAGUUAUAAAGAUAUUAAUUAAAGUAAUAAACUAUUGAAAACCUUCAAAGCGUGGUAAAAACCGUACAUAUACUCAUUCUAUGGAUGUUUUAUAGUAAUAAUAUUGAUAGGGUAAUAUAGACUUGAAAGCUUUUCGUAACAAAAAACAGAGUAAACAGAAGUAAAUUAUGGUAAUUAAACUAUGUAAUAACUUUCAUCCACGGGGCCAGUCACAAUCACACAUCCUGCUAUGAUUGCGUUCGACAAAUAAGCCUGAUUGAAAUUGCAUCUAUUCGAUAAAACUAUUAAGCUAAUUAAAAUCAAUUAUAAAAUUGUCAAUUCCAUUAAACGUGAAACAAUAUCGCUAAUCAAACUGAUCAAUCUACUUCCAUGCAGCAUUGGUUUCAAUGUUUACACUAUUGAAAUAACGAAAACCGCGCCGGACCAAUUAAAUGGAUUUAGUUCGUGUUCCACUCGGAAAAUAGUGGUAUCAUGAUAUUUAUUCCAGCCGUUGGUUUCACCUUUUUUACUAUGUUUACUGGCCUAUAACUAUUAAAUAAAGCGAGCACCCUGCCGUACACCUGACAAUUUUAAGAUAUUUAAUUUUUUUUUCUCAUCUACAAGAUUUACAGAAUAUGUAAUAAUAUAAAGUUUAUUGAAAAAUACAUAAAUGGAACUAAAAAUAUUAGGCGGAAAAACAUUUGUAUAGGAACAUACAAACUUUAGAAUACUAACUAAAACAUUUGAAUAUUAUAUAUAAUAAAUCAUAAAUCAACCACGAUACUUUUCUAGCUUCACUUGCGUAGACUAUUGGUAUAAACACGCGAAAAAUUCAAUUUUUCCAACCUCUAUGCUCUUAGAAAUAAAGGAACUACCGAAACUAACCUUCGUAAAACAAAGAAAAUUUUUAAAAUACGAAUACUUGACUUUAAUUUUUACCUUUUCAAUACAUUCCUGGAACAUAUUCAAGUUAUUGAACCCUCUUUUUCUUCAAAACUAUCUUCUAUUUUCAUUUAACCGUCCGUAACAUGAACCAAACACCAUACGAUCAAAUUUUAUUUGCUGAUCAUAAUAUUCUGAUGGAUAUAUGAGAAACAUAUGUUAUUUUAGACACUUUACGUUCUAAGAUUAUGAUAAGAGAUGUAUCAUUUGACAGAACACAUUGUAUACAAUACUAAACGAAAUUUAAAAAAAAAUAAUGAUGUGUUCAAGUUCAAUAAUUCAUUCUCAGUAUUUUGAACUUUGAAAAUAUAUAAUUGUGCUUUAACCGAAAAGGAAAGAUUCCAUGUAGAAUUAUAUUACAAUGGAGUUUUAAAUGCUAUUGGGUUAAUUGUCAACCAUGAUAUAUAAAUCUGGAAUACAAAAAGAAUUUAGUACCUCGCUCAAUAUGAUCCAGAUUAUUGAGUAAUGUAUUUUCUUUUCUAAUGACUCAGAUUCCUCAAUAAUGUUAAUAUUAGUAUUACUAAUUUUAGUGCUAGCAUGAUUAUAUUAUUAUUUCACAUUUAUACAAGUGUAGGAAACUGAUCAAAUCAGUCGAAUGCUGUAAUAAAUUGUUUACCAUUUCUACAUAAAAGUACAUUCAAAGACGUAUAAUUAAGUAUAGUACAGUGCUAUGAAACCUUGUGCUUUUAGGUUUGGUAAACACCAUGACAUACCACUUAAUACGGAAACAAUAGUUCAGCAAGGAAACUAUAUAAUUCAGGGACCCUCCUGCUAUGUUAUUUGUACAUUGUAAAAAGCGCCAAAAGUUACAUCAAAUUAUUAUUGUUUUAUA